AUGAUAUCCUCCAAGAUGCUGAGUUCUAAUCCCGAGGAAGACCCUCUGGACACAUUUCUCCAGUAUAUUGAGGACAUGGGGAUGAAGGUGUACGAUGGCUUGGUUAUCCAGAAUGCAUCAGACAUUGCGCGAGAGAAUGAUCGUUUGAGAAAUGAAACCAAUUUGGCUUAUUUGAAAGAGAAGAAUGAGAAGCGUCGAAGGCAAGAAGAAGCAAUAAAACGCAUAGGUGGAGAAGUAGGGCGAGGCCACGAAGGAAGUUACGUGGGCAAACAUUUCCGCAUGGGCUUCAUGACAAUGCCUGCUCCUCAGGACAGACUUCCCCACCCUUGCCCCAGUGGUUUUUCCGUGAGAUCGCAGUCCCUUCACUCAGUCGGCGGAACAGAGGAGGACAGCAGCUGUGGCUCCCGAAGACAACCCCCACCUAAACCCAAGCGGGACCCCAGCACCAAACUGAGCACCUCCUCGGAGAGGGUCAACAGCACGACCACCAGUAAGAGCGGGAAGCCCCUGGAAAGAUCUGAAGUGCCCACCAAACCAAGACCUCACAGCGACGAAUAUUCAAAGAAGAUUCCUCCCCCGAAGCCCAAAAGGAACCCCAACACUCAGCUGAGCACAUCCUUCGACGAAACAUACAUCAGGAAGCACGGGCCACGGAGGACGUCGCUGCCACGGGACGCCUCCCUCUCCCAGGUGAGCACUCCCUCCGGAGAGCCCGAGGAGGAGCCAGUGUACAUCGAGAUGGUGGGCAACAUCCUCAGAGACUUCCGCAAGGAGGACGACGACCAGAGCGAGGCCGUCUACGAGGAGAUGAAGUACCCCAUUUUUGACGACCUGGGCCAAGAUUCCAAGUGCGACUUCGACCAUCACAGUUGUUCGUCGCAGUGUGCUACACCCACGGUGCCUGAUUUGGACUUCGCCAAGUCCUCAGUGCCAUGCACGCCCAAGGGUUUGCUCUGCGACAUCCCCCCGCCCUUCCCCAACCUGCUGUCGCACAGGCCCCCGCUGCUGGUGUUCCCUCCGGCCCCCGCGCACUGCUCCCCCAACUCGGAUGAGUCCCCCCUCACGCCCCUGGAGGUCACCAAGCUCCCGGUGUUGGAAAACGUGUCUUACCUGAAACAACAGGCAGGGGCAUCCCCUUCCUCCCUGCCACCGCACCCCUCGGGCCACCCGAAACAGGACAAAGAUGCGGGCACAGCCCUCGGACCAACUUCUGUGCUCUCCUCAUCCCCUCCGCCCCCGUCAACGCUCUACCGAACGCAGUCUCCCCACGGCUACCCUAAAAGUCACUCCGCCUCGCCCUCGCCGGUGAGCAUGGGCAGGUCCCUGACCCCCCUCAGCCUCAAGCGGCCGCCGCCCUACGACGCUGUGCAUUCUGGCAGCCUCUCCAGGAGCUCGCCCUCAGUGCCUCAUUCGACCCCCAGGCCGGUGUCACAGGACGGCGCCAAGAUGGUGAGUGCGGCCAUGAGCGCGCACGGGGCGGCUGCUGGAGGUUCCCGCUCGCGAACCCCCACGAGCCCUCUGGAGGAGCUCACCAGCCUCUUCACCUCGGGACGCAGCCUGCUGAGGAAGUCGUCCAGCGGCCGACGCUCCAAGGAGCCCGCAGAGAAAUCAACAGAGGAACUGAAAAUCCGAAGCCACAGCACGGAGCCAUUACCAAAGCUGGACAACAAAGAGAGAGGCCACCACGGGGCGUCUUCAUCCAGAGAGCCUGUCAAAGCUCAGGAAUGGGAUGGAACACCAGGUCCACCAGUCGUCACCAGCCGGCUGGGAAGGUGCUCUGUGAGCCCCACCUUGUUGGCUGGAAACCACAGUUCAGAACCUAAAGUAAGCUGCAAACUAGGCCGAUCUGCAUCCACAUCAGGCGUGCCUCCUCCGUCAGUUACGCCUCUCAGGCAAAGCAGUGACCUGCACCAGAGCCAGGUGGCAUGCAUGCAGUGGUUUCAUGGAGACCAUACAAUGCUUGAGAUGAUUGAGAAAAAGCGUUGCUUGUGCAAGGAAAUAAAGGCUAGACAGAAAACGGAAAAGGGCCUUUGCAAACAGGAUAGCAUGCCUAUUCUACCCAGCUGGAAGAAGAACACCGGUGCAAAGAAAUACAGUCCUCCACCCUAUUCUAAGCAACAGACGGUGUUCUGGGAUACAGCAAUAUGAGGGUGCACAGGAGGAUGGGAGCUUCACGGUACUUCAAAUGAAGAGGGAGGUUGGUUUGAUCAUGUGAUGUUAAUUGUUGCAUAUCUUCUCUUGAAUGUCAUGGGAAGCUGGGCCUGAUUGUUGCAAGCUCAAGAUAGAAAAAGUCGUCCUUGCAAUGAAGGCAAACUUAUCUCGGAUUAUUUUGAAUCCAGAAGAUAUUAAAAUGUAAAUAUUUUACUAGUUUAUGGGUAACACCUGAAAUGAUACA